UAUUUUUUUAAAUUUCUCUGGGUUCACAUGAUUGAAACGGAGGGAGCACUCAGUUAAAAUAUUUAUAAUAAAAAUCUUCAAAUAGUAACCGUGUCUCGUAGAGCCUGACAUGGGCAAAGCCAUUGGAUUCAGUGACUUUUUUGUUGCUUAUAUACUGCUUUUGGUAUUAUUAUACAUGUAAAUGGUAUAUACCAUAAGGUUAAUGGUGUUUCCUUUUCUUGAUAUUUUUUGGGGUUUUUCAAGAUUUCAUCUGUCACCAAACAAGAUUCUCUGAUUUUCAGCUUCUGGGGUUUCAUAAAAAAUGAAGUUGAGCUCUAUAAAGAUCAGUUCUUUUAUCUCAAUUUAUUUAAUUUGAGUUCUUGCUUUGUUUUCCUGUUCUGUAAAUCCACUGAAAGAUUGUUACUUUUUUGACCUGUGAUUUGCUUCUUCUUGAUAGCUUCAAGACUCAUAACGUAAAAGGUUGUUUUUAUCGCUUCAAAUUUUUGUAGGGCAGGUAUUUUUAGUUUCUGAUUCCCAUGGAACCAAUGCUACUAUAGAUUCUUAGCUAGAAAUGUGGAAAAGGUGAUAUUUUAGUAAAUUCCUUCCCAAAUUGAAGUGAUGAUGACGAAAAGUUUCAACCUUUGUAGUUCUUGAAAGUGGAAAAAGUUGGGAUCUUUAUUAUAAGGAGAACUGAUAUACAAGAAAGAAAUCAAUUAAGAUUUUGGAUUGAAUGGAGAAACAGGUUAGUUUCCAGGGUCCAACAAUGGAAAAGCAACAGAGUUUUCGAAAUGGGGCGAAGGAGAAGCAGAAAAGCUUUAGAAGAAUAAUGGAAAAGCAGAAAAGCUUUAGGAUGGAGAGGCAAUUGAGUUUUGGUGGUGAGAGGAAAAGGGGUAAGGAAUCACCGGGGAGACGAGGGGAUUCGAUACUCCACCUUGCAGCUAGAGGAGGGAAUUUAGGAAAAGUGAAAGAAAUUGUUGACAAGUUUGAUGAGAAAGGCAUAAAAGAUUUGCUAUGUAAGCAAAACCAAGAGGGUGAGACUGCUUUGUAUGUUGCUGCUGAGAAUGGCCACAGUUUGGUUGUUGCAGAGUUCUUGAAACAUUUAGACUUUGAAACUGCUUCAAUUGUGGCAAAUAAUGGCUAUGAUACUCUCCAUGUUGCAGCAAGGCAGGGUCAUCUUGAUGUACUGGAGGAACUGCUGCAUUCAUUUCCAAACCUAGUCAUGACCACAGAUUCAUCCAAUUCUACGGCGUUACACACAGCAGCUGCACAGGGACAUAUUCAUGUAGUAAAUAUGCUUCUGGAGAUUGAUUCAAACCUGGUUAAGAUUGCUCGAAACAAUGGAAAAACUGUGCUCCAUACAGCAGCAAGAAUGGGCCACUUGGAGAUAGUUAGAUCCCUUCUGAGCAAGGAUCCUGAUAUUGGUUUUAGAACAGAUAAAAAAGGCCAGACUGCCCUACACAUGGCUGCAAAGGGACAAAAUGUUGAUAUCGUGCUUGAAUUAAUCAAACCAAAUCCUUCUGUAUUGGCCUUGGAAGAUAACAAAGGAAACAGAGCACUUCAUAUUGCAACAAGAAAGGGAAGAGUACAGAUGGUGCAAUGUCUUAUAUCAAUUGAGGGCAUCGAUCUCAAUGCCAUUAAUAAGGCUGGAGAAACGGUUCUUGAUAUUGCAGAAAAGUUUGGAACUCCAGAGCUUGUUUCUAUUUUGAAAGAGGCCGGAGCUACCCAUUCCAAAGAUCACGGGAAUCCCCCUCCUGCUGCAAAGCAACUCAAGCAGACUGUCAGUGACAUAAAACAUGAUGUGCACUCCCAGCUCCAACAGAGUCGGCAGACUGGCUUCAGAGUACGAAAAAUUGCAUUGAAGGUGAAGAAGCUCCACAUUAGUGGUCUUAAUAAUGCCAUCAACAAUGCAACAGUUGUCGCUGUACUUAUUGCCACUGUUGCUUUUGCUGCCAUCUUCACUGUACCUGGCCAAUAUGUUGAAGAGAAAACAGAUGGAUUUUCUCUUGGCGAAGCAAACAUAGGCAGAAAAGCAGCUUUCAUAAUCUUCUUCUUGUUCGACAGUAUGGCCUUGUUUAUUUCAGUUGCUGUUGUCGUGGUCCAGACAUCCGUGGUCGUGAUUGAACAGAAAGCAAAGAAGCGACUCAUGUUUUGGAUAAACAAGCUCAUGUGGGCAGCUUGCCUCUUCAUCUCGAUCGCCUUUAUCUCUCUUAGUUACGUGGUAGUUGGAUCUAAGGAAAGAUGGCUUGCUGUCUAUGCAACUGUAAUUGGGAGCAUAAUAAUGCUCACUACAAUUGGCUCCAUGUGCUAUUGUGUAGUUCAACAUAGGCUAGAAGAAUCGAGGCUGAGGAGCAUUAGAAGAGAUGAGACUCAUUCACGUUCUUUUCCAUUGUCUGUGGCAUCAGAUACGGAGCUUUGCAGUGAGAACUACAAGAGGAUGUAUGCAGUCUAGGAAGAACAAUCAGGCAGCUUUCUGCCUAUGGCAUAAAACACGGAGCUUUGUAAUUAAAACUAUAAGCAAAUAUAUGCAGUUCUCAACCAUGAGGUCCAAGAACUUCUGCCAUGGCAUCAGAUUCAGAAUGGUGAAAGUACAAAAAGGAUCUGUGCUGCUUAGGAACAAAUGAGCAGAGAGUUUCAAUAGAUUCUCAAUAAUAUUUCUAUUAUAUCUGUCCCCGCAAAAUUCUCUAAUGUGGGUUCCUGCAACCACUGAAUUGUUGCAAACAUAUUCCGUACAAGUUCAAAAUGAAGCCUUAGCAGAUAUUUCAGUUUUUGCCUCAUAAAAAUGCGACAGUCUCGAGAAGCAUGCUUUCUUGAAGUUAACUAACUAUAUGGCUACAAUACUAGCACACCAGAUAGGCGCUCCGUAUCAAGAAUGUGGGGAUGGCUGCUAUUUAUUUUUAUGCCUAUAUACCUGAUCAACUUCUUAGUUCAUCAAACAAAAUGGUGUCAUUGUAGAUUUUAUGAUAGUUUUUUUGCCUCAUCAUGAAGGUCCAUCUUUUCCAGCUGCCAUAAUUUGUUAGAAUUCUGCCAACAUGAAGAACAAGCUAAGCCCUGAGAAUGAGCUAGUUCUGUGAAAGUUGAGCUUGUAAGAUAAUAGGAGCACAACAUUGUGUCUCAAGGAAAGGGAAGUCUCAGUUCAAGAUUGA